AUGGCGUCGCGGCACUGCCCGAGCCCCGAAGACUGGUUUUCUGCAGCCAUUAAUCAAGAAUAUGCUAGCGUAAGCAAAUGGAUCGGGGCUAUGGCUCGAUCCGUAGAUGGGAAUGGAGAAACAGCUCUAAUGAAGGCCGUUCGCGCGCAGGAUUCCCAAAUGGUGAAGAUCUUAGCGAAACACGAAGCAGGAGAAACUAACGACAAGGGAUACACGGCUCUUAUCAUAGCUGCUAUCAAUAAUCUCGGUCCUUUGUGUGCAAUCCUUGCUCCUUUAGAAUCUAACGUCACUCUUUCCGGUGGACGGACUGCUCUUAUGAUGGCAGCUUCUGUGAGUGCGUGUUCCUCUAUAGAGGCCCUAAUACCUACUCAAUAUGGUCGAAGAGACGACAACGGCAUGACUGCUCUGAUGUAUGCUGUCACAUAUGGUAACAUAGACGCAGCAUCCGCGCUAAUAGAUUGCGAGAAGCGUAUCCUAUCCUCUGAUAACAAGAGCGCGUUGAUAAUUGCUGCAGAGCACUACCGCAAAGAUAUGAUCCGGCUCCUUUACCCCUACGAGCAUGGCCUACUACCAGAUGCAGAGAAAAUAGUGUUAGCUCCUUAUGACCUUGUCACUAGUAACACACAGCAUGGCAGUGGCUCCACUAGGUCUACGAGCUGCUCUGACGCUAGGCCCGAGUCAUGCAAGCAGCCAAGAUCCAAAUCGGCAUCAUUCUACCAGCCGUCUCGGUCAAGCUCCUUGACUUCAGCACCACACUUCGUUCGCACAAUCUCUACUAAUUUCUUGUCAGAUCGUCAGAGGUGCAGAUCUUCUCUCGAUUUAUCCUGGAGCGAGUCUCAUGCGCCUCACAAGAUACGCUCAAUUCGCAUCAAGUUCUCUCCACAAAGAGGUGGGAAACCCUCACACUUUGGUGCACCACAACCACGACAACAGCGAGCUAAAUCCUCAGGUGUCCCUGAGUGCUCUGACCAUGCUAUAUCAUUAGCACAGCGACAACUUAAUGCGCCACGGUACGGACAACAUGAGAGUCGUAAGCUACUUCGUACAAGUCCUUACAGGAAGGCCUUCUCUAAGUCACCCAUUAAGGCGCUCGUCAAGGCAGACCAGCAGACCGCGGAACGGCAGCAUUCUGGUACUUGUCAAAAACCUGCAAAGUCGCGACAAUCCAAUGAAGAGUUUUGCAAUCAGUACUUUCCUGAAAAGGGUGAAACCGGCGUGCCACACAAUAAUAUGCAUCAUCAGUUAUCUAGCGACAAACCACAAGGCGCACUGCGAGGGCGCACGGCAUUCACGCCCACCCCUACACCGAAGCCAAGCGGGACGAAGCAUGACCUCCUUUCUGCGUUAGGACAACACAUUUUAACACUAGAGCGCAGACUGCUGAAGAAGGAGCAGGAGCUGCAGGCACUUGUUAGCCUUAACAAAGGCCUUCACAGAGCGGCAGUAGCACCACAUGGGCAAACCAGCAUACAGCCUACGUAUGAGAUAACAUUUACACAGUGUGCCACGCAAACAGAAGCAAAAGAAGAAUACAAUGUCUCACGCGGUGUACAAGACCCUAUGCUUUCAUGCGCUGCACGCCCUGACACCAUGAAAAAGCUGCAAGAGAACGCGUACCUAAAGCAGCUCUGCACUAGUCUAUCCCUUGUAAAAGAGGAUAUCCUUUCGCUAUGCACUGCCGCUCGGCAAGAAUGUACACCGCAACGACAACUAGCACCUGAGUCAUCAAAAGACCCAGGAUUCCUUGAUCAUGAGCUUGAGGACGAUACAUUUGUAGUUUUUGUUCCGUGUAACCAUCUAAUAGACUUAGCAUAUUUUGUUAUGAAAAGCCAUGGGGAAAAGAGCAUAUCUAUUACAGAAUGCCCGCGCUGUGGCGUUCAGCCAACUUCUUUCAUUACCGUUAAGAUGUAA